UUGAAGGAAACGAUACGAGAAUUGAAGUGGGAGUUGACAAAAUAAAAAUCUGAGAUUUGAUUCUGCUUCUUUGCUUCACGGGAUGUUAAAAGACUUGCUCUAAACGGAGUUCUACCACUUGUUUUUGUAAGGUAUUGAAGGAAUUUAAGGGGAUAAUCCAGGGUGUGCACUGGAUUGGCGUAGUUUCACCGCUGGGGGCAUUUUGGGACAGAGGCAGUUUUCACCUGCUAGCCACCGCAGCAGCGACAUUCAGUGUUGAAUCGGAACUGAAAGACUUUUGACCCCAGAUUCUGUCCUAUCUGUCCUUGCAGCUUGAGAGGGUUGAGGUCACACAACGCCCACCCCCCCAAAAUUACAAUUACAACUGCUGGAAUAACUUCUUCCCCGUGGUGAAAAGUUCAGGGAAUGACGUGAAGCUGUCGACGCAAGGUCCAGUCUUUUUUCCCCAGGAAGUGCGACAGAAACACCAACUGAAAUGUCCAUCACCAACACACCCACCAGCAACGAUGCCUGUCUGAGCAUCGUGCACAGCCUGAUGUGUCACCGGCAGGGUGGGGAGAGUGAAACGUUUGCCAAACGGGCUAUAGAGAGCCUGGUGAAGAAGCUGAAGGAGAAGAAAGACGAACUGGACUCCCUCAUCACAGCGAUCACCACAAACGGCGCCCACCCGAGCAAGUGUGUGACCAUUCAGAGGACUCUGGAUGGACGACUGCAGGUUGCGGGGCGCAAAGGGUUCCCUCAUGUAAUCUAUGCCCGGCUGUGGCGAUGGCCCGACCUCCACAAGAACGAAUUGAAGCAUGUGAAAUACUGCCAGUUUGCCUUUGAUUUGAAGUGUGACAGCGUGUGUGUGAAUCCCUACCACUAUGAACGAGUGGUGUCUCCUGGAAUUGACCUUUCAGGACUCACCCUAACUGGCUCUGGACCCAGCUCAUCGCUGAUCGUAAAAGACGAGUAUGAUUUUGAUGGGCCUCCCAGUCUCCCCACUGUUGAUGGUGGACACUCUCUCCAGACCAUCCAGCACCCACCAUCCAGCAGCCGCCCGCCUCAGACAGAGUCGUAUCCGACCCCGAGUCUGCUCCCGCCUGCCGAGGCGUCCACAUCUGCCUCAACACAGUCCUUCCCUGCGAUCCCUGCAGGAUCAGGCAGUAAGACAGUUGCAAACUAUUCUCUCAGGUCUGCUUGCAAAUCUGGAUUUAUAAUAUUUUCUUAUGUUUCCAUUAAUAUUUACUCCUCAGGUAUCAGCUCCAGCUGGCCCAGGAGUAGCGGCUUUCCCCCUAGCAUACCUCACCACACCAACGGUCAUCUACAGCACCAUCCUCCAAUGCCACACCCAACACACUACUGGCCGGUACACAAUGAGCUCGCCUUUCAGCCUCCUAUAUCCAAUCAUCCAGCUCCGGACUACUGGUGUUCCAUUGCUUAUUUCGAGAUGGAUGUUCAAGUCGGGGAAACAUUUAAAGUGCCGUCCUCUUGCCCUAUUGUGACGGUGGAUGGCUAUGUGGAUCCCUCAGGAGGAGACCGGUUUUGUUUGGGCCAGCUCAGUAACGUCCAUCGUACUGAAGCUAUUGAGAGAGCAAGGCUUCACAUCGGUAAAGGAGUCCAGCUGGAGUGUAAAGGUGAAGGAGACGUGUGGGUACGAUGCCUCAGUGACCACGCAGUGUUUGUUCAGAGUUACUACCUGGACAGAGAAGCGGGCCGAGCCCCAGGAGAUGCUGUUCACAAAAUCUACCCCAGUGCUUACAUCAAGGUGUUUGACCUCCGUCAGUGCCACAGGCAGAUGCAGCAGCAGGCCGCCACAGCUCAGGCAGCGGCGGCCGCACAAGCUGCUGCUGUGGCGGGGAACAUACCUGGUCCCGGAUCAGUCGGAGGAAUAGCUCCAGCUAUCAGUCUCUCUGCAGCUGCUGGCAUUGGGGUCGAUGACCUCCGACGGCUGUGCAUUCUCAGGAUGAGUUUUGUUAAAGGCUGGGGGCCCGACUACCCCCGGCAGAGCAUCAAGGAGACCCCUUGCUGGAUCGAAAUCCACCUGCACAGAGCUCUACAGUUACUGGACGAGGUUCUUCAUACUAUGCCUAUAGCAGACCCCCAACCACUGGACUGAGAGCUUUCUAACAGCAGUUUCUCACUUGAAAACACAGGGCCAGUGAGAAGUCUUCCUCGACUGUAAAAAAAAUAAAUGUUUUCAGGUGUAUUUGAGGCAUCUUUGUGCACUGUAGCUCCAGCUGUUGCUCAUGGCACUAACAGGAGCAAAAGCCGUCUAUUAGCACUGGUUAUACAUUUAAUGCAUGGCUCUCAUUUUAGGACUUUGUAGAAAAGAGGUAACUAAACCUAUAUAUCAACAUGCACAUAUUGUUUUAAAGUGGAACACCAGCUACUGACCGUCUGUAACCUCACUGAACUAUAGAGGAGUUACAUGGGUUUCCUCUAGUGUCAGUUUUACUGAAGAUGGCUUUAAACCUGGAGCUACAAACAUGGAAAUCACACCCAUCACUGCCUCCUGGUCACAGAAAAAUCAGGGCCACUGGAACAGGACCUUGUAGAUAUCCAAAACAAUAAAAGGAACACACCAUAUCUGAUGCAGCGUCUCAGCCUCUGGAGCCGAGACAUGUCCGGACAUGUCCAUGUCAGCUGUUUUUUUUUUUUUUUUUGUGUGUGUGUUUUAAGAUCAACUUCAGGUCUGUGCUGACGAUUGUUUUCGUCUUCUCCAUUGAACAAGAUAAGUGACAAGGAGCUAAACUUUGGGUGUUUAAUAGACCAGGAGUAUUUUUGAUACAAAAAAUCACAGUUUUUUGCAAAAGUAUUCAUACUUAGUCAUUGAUAUAUUUUUUAAACUUUUGUCUGGUUUUAAAAGAGGAUACAGUGUUUUCUACAUUAAGUUUUCUUUACAAAUCAUUUGCCAUGCAUAUGUAUUCAGCCCCUCUUAGUAAGUACUUUGGCUGGGCCAUUUUAAAACAUGAAUACGCUUUGAUUCCCAUCUACCUUGACCAGUUUUGCUGUCCCUGCCAAAGAAAAGCAUCCCCCCUACAUGAUGUUGCCACCACUAUGUUAUGUUCGGGAAGGGUAAGAGAUCUCCACCACACAGUCUUUAGCAUGUUGGCCCAGUUCAGUGUUGGUCUCAUCGGAGCAGAGCAACUUCACGUUUGCUGUGUCCCCUGCAUGGCUUGCUGCGGCUUCUUUCAGUAAUUGGUUUCUCCUGGCUGCUCUUCCAUAAAGGCCAGAUUAACAACCUGAGCUGUGGAUCUCUGAAGCUUAUCCAAAGUUACCAUGAGCUUCUCUGAUUAUUUCUCUUCUUGCAGGGGCUUGUCACUAUAGGAUUGACUGGCAUGUCUUCAUAGGUUUACAGUUGUGCUAUAAUCGUUCUAGUUUUUAAAAAACGGAUCGAACGCUGUUAGAAUCUUGGGAUAUCGUUUUCUAACCUAACCCUGCUUUAAACUUCUCCACAUAUUCGUGUCUGACCUGUUUGCUGUGUUCCUUGGUCUUCAUGAUUAUGUUUGUUCACCAACAAGCCUCUAAGGUCUUCGUAGAACAGCAUCAGUUCUACCAAGGUUACAUUACAAACAGGGAGACUCCAUUUAGUAAUGAGGUGACUUCUGAAGGCAGUAGGUUUCACUGGAUUGUAUGUAUGGUAUUCAGAGUAAAAGGGGCUGAAUGCAAAUGCACUUACUCUCCAGAUUUGUAUUUAUUUACAAAACAUGCACUUUUAGAUAUAUACUUCAAUUAAAAUGUGGAAAAGUCCAGUGGGUGUAAAUACUUUUGCAAGACGCUGCAAUUUUACAGCAAACUGUCCCUGCUGAUUUUACUGUAUCAAAUUCUCUCAUAAGAACUUCUGACCACAGGUCUGGUUUAGUCAUGAAUACCAAUUUUAAAAAGUGCUUCUGCUUUAUGCCACCCCAGAGAAUUAGUUAUACAGCCUCGUAAAAGCAGAGAAACUCUGCUCUGUUCAAUAGAAGUGAUGUAAUCAAGCAAGAGGCUGAUGUUAGUCACUCAGUACAAAGAUUAAGGGUUAUCUGUGGUUUUGGUGACCAGAAGUGACAAUUUCUGAGAAAAAAGGUCUUGUGUAAACAUAAAAGAGAGGAAAGUCCAGUAAGAACUCAUUUUAAUUUGUUUCCAGUCAUAUCUUACUCAAAAGUGUGAUCUGUACCCAUCUUUUAUACAUUUUUCCAGGGUUAUUCUGUAACGUUCAUGGAAAAUUGAGAAGUGAAUCUUGAGCCUGUGCCCAGGAAUAGUACCAUAUUGUUUUUAUUUUUUGAUUGGUUUAUUUGUGGCACUUUACCUUUGACUAAAGGAGCGAGUAGGUCAGGUCAGAGCAAGUUAAAGAUUACAAAUGGAUGGAACAUUGUAUUCAGGUCAUACAAUACAUAACACUAAGAAACCUUUUUUUUUUUUAUAACCCUUUUCACCUUAAGCAUUCAUACCUUCUCAAUUUUGGCUUUGUAACAUUUGUGUUCUGUUCAUAAAUCCAUGUAAAUACCUUUGGUUAUGAAAUGCAUGCAGAUGUUUUAAUGUAUCCGUCAGAAACAGUUUCCCAUCUAACAGUUGAAGCCUGCUGACUAGAAGCAAAGCAGCAAAGGCACUUAAAGCGACAUCCAAACCUUUUUUGAAUUUAAAUUGAACAUUAAAGCAUCCAAACUUGGAGUAAGUGCUGUUUAUACCCAAGCUAGAUUAAUGUUAAAUUAUCUGAAAAUAAUCUGAAAACAAGCAGGAUCUUUUUUUUUUUUUUUUUUAAGGAUGAUAAAUGAUUUGAUUUAACCACCGUUUUUGGCCUAUUUUCUUUUUUGAUGAAAGAUUAAUGAAGAUUUUAGAUUGCAUAUUUUAGUCUCUUAUGUUAAAGCUGAAAUAUCAGUUUAUUUUUCUUUGUCUCAGGCCAAAAAUACCACAAUUCAAAAAUAAUGUACAUUUAUAUAAAUGUGAUCAUUUAAGGUAAAAAACUAUUUUAAUCCAGUCAUUUAAUACAUUUACAAUUUAAUGUGGAAAUAUUUCAUUUAAAUAUAUGUCCCAUGAUAAUUAGAUGUGAACUAACAUUCUUAACAUUUAUUGAAUGUGAGUUUUAAAUGACUUCCACUAGAUUUCAAUUUGAUUUUGUUUAACUGAUUCAAUUUUUCUUAAAGUUUCGUUUAAAUGAUCACAUAUAAAUUAUUUAUUGGGCAGUGGCUCUUUGGGUCCUUGAUGUUUUCCGUCAUUUGCUGUGCUCCGGUUGACCUUUUUAACGGUUUGUUGAAUGGAAACAAAAGCUCGCUCUGUUCGUCAUCUCAGCUGUGAUGAAGUCGCCGUGAUGUGUAGACGUGUCGUUCAGUCAGUUUCAGUCGAUUUUUAUGUCCUGAUUUUUUUUUUUUUUUUAAUCGGGCGGAACAGCAGGAAACGGCGUGCGUUCCGCUGACAAUUUAUGCCGAAUUUAAUUCAAAACUGUGCUUUUAAGGUGGAAAAUUGUUCAUAUAUAUAUAUAUAUAUAUAUACAGUAUAUGACUUGCAGUUAUUGUAGCAGCAGAAAGAUGUAGAUGUUGACUACUAUUACGGAUCUAAUUUUACCUGUAUUUCCCAUGUGAGACUACAAUUAAAUAUGGACUGCUCGUCUCCAAA